UCCUAAGUCAGGAUCAGGUCUUAUCAUGUAUUCCACCUUACGCCGAUGAACAGAGUUCUAGUAGAUCAACGACACAUGGAGAAUUUAUAGCACCUUCGGAAUUGAUUUUGUGGGAGGAAUUUUUCGAUGAAGUGGCUUCAUUUCCCUUUGGACAACGACAAAAAUAUAGUCAAAGAUGGAUUAAGAAAAAAUACAAGAACGAUCGAAUUUGGAGAGAAAAACAUCAUGAAGCCUUUCAAGAGUUAAAAUCCGUUUUUCAAAAGACCAUCGAAGAAGGCGGAAUACGAUUAGCUCACCCAUUACCUGGUCGAGAAUACAUAAUACGAACGGAUGCCUCAGAUGCUGGAAUCAGCGCAGCAUUAUUACAACGAACGCCUGAAGGAGACGAAUUACCAAUAAUGUACGCUCGAACGAAAAUCCCCGGCCUGAGCGGGCGAAUGCUGAAGUGUUAUGCUGUACCGCCAGUCGCCCGCAACAUCACAUUCGAAGAACUCCUCCGGCGCGUCAGGCGCGAUGCCGCCCCAUACACAUACAAAGAAGCUCUUGCAGUCAAAAAAUGGUUCUCACAUUAUGUUUGGGGUACAAUAUUUAAAGUCUACACCGAUCACGCACCAUUGCUAAGUGCAUUUAAGAACCGACAAUUAGACAACAUUCGACUAGGUCUAUGGAUCGAAGAAUUAACCGGAUUCGACUUCGAACUGAUACAUGUCCCAGGCAAGAAUAAUGAGUUAGCGGAUAUUUUGCCCGCUGUCCAAAUAAAGUAA